GGUCUCGUUUCUGUGCUCUCAUCCCCACACGGCAACGGAGAGCAAAGGCUAUAGUUGCCUUACAGCUGAAGUCGUUAGUAGUGAAGUGUAUGUAGCGCACUUCUCGAAGCAGAGUUCGCUUCUCCACCCAAGGCCAAUUGGCGGUACGACUUUUUUCCCUUCUGCGUUUUCGUUCGUGGGUGCAAUUGCACCGCUUUCUUUUCUUCGAUAGGAUUUUUCUUUUACUUCUGCUUCUAGGUGAAAAGGAUCUACGUUAGGGGUCCGAUCUCAAGAGGACAUCACUUUUUUUCUUUGUAGUACUAUUCCCUUUAGCGCUAACAGGCACACUCAAAGCAAGCAAAAUGAUGAAGAAGACGUUCCCGCUGCUGUGGACGUUCUCCGACAACCGCGGCUACUACAGUCCGCCUGUCUACAUGCCGCUAGAGUACGCCAGCCGUGUGACAAACCAAAAGCAGCUUCAGUUCACGCACCCGCGAGAUCCGAAGUACACGUGGAAUACCGGCGUCAACGAACUAGCCAGUCUGCACCCUGGCUUGCUCGGACCAGGACGGAAGACGCCGCAGCUGAACUACUCCAACCGCGGCGGUAUUAUCGCCGAAAUUCCUCCCGUCCCCGUCUAUCGAGAGCACAUUUGGUGCAUGGGCCACAGCCAUUUUAUUCUGCAGCACCCUCGCAUUUUUAUCAAGUGCCCCCGCGGCAAGGUGGUGGUGUGCAAGUGGUGCCGUCUGAAGUUCAUAAACAUGUCCACCGCGACCGACAACGACGACGACUGGUUUGAGGAGGAGCAGAAGAUCGCCACCACGCCGGAGUCGAAGGAGGAUCUCACGCGGCCGAUUCGCGAUAUGGGCGGUGUGCUGCGGCAGAACCCGUUUCAGGACAACAAGGAACCCGACCCGCACGUGUACCGCGCUGUCUUCAACCCGGAGCGGUACCGCUGGAAGCACUCGCACACGGAGCAUUACGAGGUGCACCCCGCGUACGCGAAGAAGGCAGGCGAGUCCGACUGCGAAGACCACCAUCACUGA